GGCAGUAGCACCAUUGUAGGGCAAAAAUCUUAGUGUCAACGAAUUGUCAAUAUAGUAGUGUGAGCCUGAAGUUAAAUUUCGUUUUGUAUUUUAUGUGUUUUUAAUAUACUCAUAAUCAAUUUCAUUGUAGUGAAUAGGAUGUCACAAGUAAAGUCUACCAAAUCAAUGUGUUGAAUGCACCUUACUUGAACGUCAACACUGGUGACGUAAUCAAUUCUAUGACCCUGAAUAUUCAAUUUUCUGGCUUAUUGAAAACUUUCAAACAAUACUAGUGAAAAAUGUCGCAUGUAACCAAAAAGUGGGAGGUGUUACCUGGAAGAAACAAGUUUUGUUGUGAUGGCCGUGUCAUGAUGGCUCGUCAGGUUGGAGUGUUCUACUUCACAGUAGCUUUGAUAGUUGUAACAUGCACACUUUUUUUUGUGUUUGAUUGCCCAUUUUUGAGUGAAGAGAUUAGUCCAGUGAUACCAGUUGUUGCUGGAGUUCUUUUUCUCUUUGUUAUGUCUACUCUAUUGAGAACAAGUUUCAGUGACCCAGGUGUUAUUCCAAGAGCCACAGCUGAAGAGGCUGCUGAUAUUGAAAGACAAAUAGAGCUGCCAAAUGGUUCAACUUCCCCAACAUAUCGACCACCACCUAGAACCAAGGAGGUGGUUGUACGUGGACAGACGGUCAAGUUGAAGUAUUGUUUUACUUGUAAGAUAUUCAGGCCACCUCGAGCAUCACACUGUAGUCUGUGUGAUAACUGUGUUGAUCGGUUUGACCACCAUUGUCCAUGGGUGGGAAAUUGUGUAGGCAGACGAAACUACCGCUACUUCUACAUGUUCAUUAUGUCUCUUGCUUUUCUGUGUGUAUUUAUAUUCAGCUGUAUAAUCACUCACCUAGUUUUAUUGUCAAGAAGAAAUGGUUUCCUGGAUGCUGUGAAAGACUCUCCUGCCAGUGUAAUAGAAGGAGUGGUAUGUUUUUUCUCAGUCUGGUCCAUUCUUGGACUGGCUGGGUUCCAUACUUAUUUGACAACGUCUAAUCAGACAACUAAUGAAGAUAUAAAAGGUUCCUUUUCAUCACGGCGGGGACAGGACAUAUUUAACCCUUAUAGUCGAGGAUCCUUUAUGUGCAAUUGUGUGGCAAUGAUAUGUGGACCUGAACCUCCAAGCCUCUUAGACAGAAGGGGUAUUGCUGUGCCUGAUGGACAAGUUUCACUUCGGGGAAAUUAUGGUUCUCUGAAGAGUUCUCAGCAAAAGGUGACUAAAUAUAAAGGACAAUUUAGAAAAUUGAUUGUCUAA